AUCCUUUCCAUGUGGCAUUGACUGUGUUUGCGGAUACUUUGGACUCCGUCUUUGUGCGAUUGAGGAAGGUGCCUUUUGGAAUCAUGAGUUCUACUUCACAAAAACACAGAAACUUUGUGUCUGAACCUAUGGGUGAAAAGCCAGUAACAGAGCUUGCAGGAAUUGGUGCAGUCCUGGGGGAAAGGUUGACCGGUAAAGGCUUUGACAAGGCCUAUGUUGUUUUGGGCCAAUUUCUUCUUCUCAAGAAGGAUGAGGAGAUGUUUAUGGAUUGGAUUAAAGAGACGUGUUUAGCUAACAAGAAGCAGGGCUCAGAUUGUUAUAAUUGUUUGAAAGAAUGGUGUGAUGCUUUCCUGUGAAAACUUCAGGAUAACUAUUAAUACACAACAUUAGUUGUUUAAAUUGUGUUUUUAAGUGUAAAUGUUAAUUCAAGGCCAAACCAAGGUCCUGAUUUUCCCGUUAACCAAAAUUAUUGCGACCUUAAAAACAUAGAUUAAUAACUUUUGAAAUUCUAUUCAUUACAGUUCUUGUGUAGCUUCAGGCAUGUAAGUGUUAGUUCAAGACCCAAGCAAGGUCUUGAUUUUCAAGUUAAUCAAAUCAUUGCAACCUUAAAUACUUAGAUUGAUAACUUCAGAAGUUGUUUGCAUUACAGUACUUCUUUUGCUUCAGGCAAUUAAAGAAUGAAAUAUUCUAAUGAGAAUGUAACUUCUAUAUCAUCUAUAUAUUGUUCUCCUUGGUUCUAGCCCAUAAAAGUAAAAAGAAGACA